CACGUAUUUUCCAUUUGCGACAAAUUCAUCUUUUUUUAUCUAUAAAUUUUCAUAUCUCUCUAAAAUAUUUUUUAUUAUUGAACGAAAUAAUUUGUAUAUUAUUGUAUAUUACUUGAUUAUUAGAAUUAAGAAAUGAAUCUUUUUAAAUACAGUAUUGAUGAAUUUUUUUAAUAUUUUAAUUUUUUAUUAAUUUUUUAAUUAUAAUUUCAUUUUUUUCGUUUAUCUUAAUCUAAUCUAUAUAUUUGUGUAUAAAUAUAAAUGUUUAAUAAUUAUUUUAUUUAUUUAUCAUAAUUAAAUUCAUUACUUUAUCAAUUAACUUAAUAAGAAAAAUAUUUUACUUACUAAAAAUUAGGUUAUUAAAAUAAACUGUAAUUAAUUGUGAUCAAUAAAACAAAAUGGCAAAUAAACAAAACUAAUUUUAAAGUUUGAUUUUAAAGUCUAUAAAAGUCUAUAUAUAUAUAACUUUAUUACUUUGUAUGACUCUUCGUAUGAUUUUUGUUUACUGAUCCCUAUCAGUUUUUGUAACAUAAUUGUAACAUUGUUACAUAAUAUCUGGAUAAAAAUAUGCAAUAAUAACUUCCUUACAAAAUUUUAAUAAUGAUAAAGAUUCUAGAUUCCCGUUUAAAAAGAGAAAGAACGGGAGGAAGGAAGAGAAAUAGAAGAGUGGAAAAUUCAUUCAACUGCAAAUUGUUAAAAUGAAAAUUCAUCGGCGUAACAAAGGGCGAGACAAACGCGUGUGCAUUUCUUAAACAAUGAAUCACGUGGGCAAGAAGUAUAACAUUUCUCGUUAUUACCUCUUGUACUCUUCCAGCCACGCGCGCGUAUAUCCACACAUGCAUACACAGGCAGACACAUAUAAUACACGACUUAACAGCGGCAAGAAUGACGCGAUGUCGUGGUAUAAAAGCAUAGUAUAUGGCAAGUUGAGAAACCAGUUAAGGUCGAACUCUUGAGACUAUCGCUGUGAAGAAAGCGUCGUGAAACCAUUCCACAGCCUCUUCUGUGUAAAAAUACAUUGCAAAAUGUCCAAGUUUAUACUUCUCGUUUGCAUCCUUUUGCUGACUACGAACAUCGUUUCAGCUGCCUCCAAGUGUGGCAGACACGGUGAUUCCUGCGUGUCCAGCUCCGACUGUUGCCCCGGCACAUGGUGUCACACAUAUGCGAACAGGUGUCAAGUGAGGAUCACAGAGGAGGAGCUGAUGAAGCAGCGUGAAAAGAUCCUUGGUAGAAAGGGGAAAGAUUAUUAAGCGAUUAAUAUAUUUUAACGAUGAUUAUAUACGUAUCAAAAUUUCUGGAAUUGAAUGGAAUCAACGUUCGAAACGAAAUUAAUUUUUUAAACAAUAUCCAAAAUACAGAUAGAGUGAUUAAUGUAAAUAUACGAGACGAGAUAAAAAGGAAAAUAAAUGGGAUGAAAAAUGCA